UUCAAUCUCUUAUAAUAAUAUAAUAUAACUACUUGCUAUAAAGCAGCGUGUUUUCACUCUAGCAAGCGAUCGACUCUAGCUGCGCACGACAUGGCCACAUCUUCCGGGCCGCCGCCGAGCGCCAUGUACGCGCGCAUCAGGACUAUCAUUGCCGAGGCCCGGCUGGACUCCGGCGGCUACGACAACAGCAGCAGCGGCGAUGGUAGCAGCCCGGCCUCGCCUGUCGCCUCGAGCGACGGCUCCAGCAGCGCCGACGAGUUCUGCCCCCACGAGCAGGGCGAGUUCCGGCGCCACGCCUCCCCGCUCUCCUCCUCCGCCCGCGGCGACGAGCUCGACUUCGACGACCGCGACUGUAUCCGCCAAGUCUCCCUGUCGUCGCCACGCGCCCUCGACGACAUCCACGGGCGCCAGCAGCGCGUGCUCCUCCUCCUCCUCCCGGCCUUCGCCUCCCCCACCGACGCCGCUGCGCGCGCCGAGGCGCUGUCGCACUGGCUCUCCGGGUUCGACGUCGCCUGGGUGCUGGACACGGGCGGUGCGUCCGGCGGAGGCGAAGGCGCCCUCCCGCGGCGGGAGCUCAGGAGGAGGGUCGGCGCGUGGGCGCAGGCGCUGGGCGGCAUGGAGCGCGUCUUCCGCCUCGGGCACCGGGAGCUCGUGCCCGCGCAAGCGGCCGCUCUGGGGGAGCUCGCGGCCGCGAGCGCCGGCGCGAUGCUGAGGCUGGUCGGCGCCGUGGCCGCGCUCGGGAGCUCCCCGUCGACGCUGCUCGCGGCGCUCGACAUGUACGCCCCGCUCUCGGAGACGUACACCGUCCUCGCGAGGCUCUUCUCCUGGGGCCCCGACCACCCUGUCCCGGCGGCCGCCGAGGCCGCGCUCGCGGGGCUGGCGGGCGCGGCGCGGCGCUGCGGGCGCGACCUCAGGGCGUUCGUGCGCUCCCGCUACCCGUGGCGGAUGCCGCAGGGCGGCGAGGUGCUCCCGUGCGUGGGGUUCUGGAUGGGCUACUUCCGCUGCAUGCUGCGCAGCCGCGCCUGUCUCCACCUCGUCGUCCUCGGCGGAGACGGCGGCGAGUCGCCGGCGCCAGGCGCCGGCGAGGGCAGCCGCGGGCUGGUCGCGGAGCUGGUCUCGUGCCUGGAAACCGCGCUCGAGGAGAACGCCGCGGCGCUGGCGUUCCCGGGACUGCGCCAGGUGUUCAUGCUCAACAACACGCACGCCGUCGCGCGCCGCGCCGCAGGCUCCGGCCUCCGGGACUUCCUGCCCCCCGAGUGGCUCCGCGUCCGAGAGGAGCGCAUGGAGGGCCACAUCAAGGGCUACAUGGACGAGUCCUGGGCGCCCGUCGUGUCGCGGCUGGACGGCGGCGGCGGCGGUGGCCUCUUCACCAAGCAGCCCGCCCGGCGCCGGAGCCGGAGCCCGUUGAGCGCUUUCUACGCGGCGUUUGAGAACGCGUGCAGCGCGCAGAGGUGCUGGAAGGUGCCCGACCCGGCGCUCCGGGGCGUCCUCCGGGAAGCCGUGUCGGAGCUCGUCGUGCCGGCGUACCGCCGGUAUUUGGAGGAGCACCCGGAGGUUAAAGCGGCUCCCGGACGCAACGCGGAGGAGCUGGAGCAGCAGCUCUCCGACUUGUUUGAAGGAUAGAAGACGAUGGAGUUUUCUGCAGCUGAAGUCGCGUCAACACUGAGGCGUACAGCGAAGCAGAAUUUUUUUUUAAAAGCACCAAGAGCACUGCAUGUAAGAUUUUGAGCACCCAUAGUGACCGGACUCACGAAGCAGAAUGACCUCUCAGUCUUUUCAGAAACAAAGACAGUGCUACAUCAUUUUCUUCAAUCUGCGGAGAAAAGGCAGGCCUUUCGAUCGGCAAGGCGGCGGACAACCCUUCCCCAGACCCCGCGUAGUGCGGGAAGCCUACGGCACUAGCCAGGAUCAGGCACCCAGCUAGGGCGUAUGAACGUGCGUCCUCUGCAGUUUCAGACUCACGGCUAGCAUCUCCAACAACUCUUCUAUUUUGAGUAAAUUGGCUAAAAAAACAAAAGAGAGACAAAAGUCCAUAUCCAACAGAAAUUGUAUCUUCCUCAUUUUCUAUCUCAUCUUGAAUCCUGCAGGCACCGCUGGGCAAAGAUGGACUGUCAUUUUCUAUCUCAUCUUGAAUCCUGCAGGCACCGCUGGGCAAAGAUGGACUGCGCCGAGCGCUCGCCAUCCAGCUCUCCAGUGGCGGAGCCAGGGGGUGCAGGGGUGCUCAAACCCCCCCCCCCCCACCACCUUGCUCCCAUGGAAGCCCCCCAAACCCCGUCUACAAAUUUUGUGGAGGAAGGAGAAGGAAAGAUAAAAUUUUGAGGAAGAAGAAGAAAUGAGAGGAGGGAGAAGGAAGAAGGAAAGGAGAGCCCCUACCUCUGCUCUGGAUCCCGCUCCGCCGCUGCAGCUCUCCCGCGCCAUUCUCGCGCGGAUUUGGCCGCUCCCGCGCGCUGCCCCCUUCCGCGCGCGCGCGCUACCCUUGUUCCCGCGCGGAUUUGCCCGCCCCUGCGCCUGGUGCCUUCUUCUCUGCGCGCUCCAUCCAUCCGAGCCUGCGGUGAUCUCUGCCCUCUGCCGCCGGCGCCUUCCCAGCCCUGCGCCCCCCUGCCCUCUGCCGUCGGCGCCUUCCCAGCCCUGCGCCCCCCUACCCUCUUCCUACGGCGCCAUCCGAACCUUGCGGCUCCUCUUGACCUCUUCCGCUGCUGUGCCGAGCGACCAAACAAGACCAAAUCGGCAUCGCCUUGUUCCCCAGUCUUGGAGCCGCCGGCCUCGCCAUGUCCCUGCCGCUGCGUCCCCGUGCCUUGCCGACCGGAGAAGCUGGCUUCCGCCUCGCUGCGUGGUCAUUUCCUGGCCGACAGGUCGUGCAAGGAUUUGAGGAUCCGGAGGCCAGAGGUGGUGACGGAACGGAGUUCGCGGACGACAUGAACCUUGCAGGUGGUCGCUGUGUCGCCGAUCGUCCACGUGCAGGCGGCGACAGGGAUGGUGCCUUUGCGGCGUACAGGAAGGAUUGCGGCGGCGCGAUGGGUGCGGUGUCGAUCGUCGUUGCCGUUCGCGUGGACGCGAUGAGGGCGUCGCAGCUUCAACGUGAAGGCGCCGGCGGCGACAUGCGAUGGUGCCUUCGCGGAGGGAUCGCAGUGGCAGCGUCGCGGGAUCGCGGCGGCGGCGUUGCGAUGGGCACGGGGUUGGGCAUGGAAAGGAAAACGAUCGGAUGAAAUAGGAUGACGUGGAACCAGUUUUGAAUAUAGCAAAUCAUGUUUUACCUAGUCUCUUGGAUUCCCCAUAGAAUUAGAUGGUUUUCUUUUUUUGCAAAGAGGGUAUAAUCACCAAAUUUACAUAACAUAAUAGAAGAGCUCUUGGAGA